UUCAGUAUCCUUCGCGUCGCUCCCGGUCCUGGGUACACAACUUAUUUCAACAAUAUUUUGUAUUUUGUAUUUAUUUAAUUUAAACUUAACGUAAGCCUGUCGGUUAUACCAUUUUUCAGGUCAAGGAAACAACAAUUGAUAUUGCAACUUUUAAAAAAUAACAAUUACCUAGGUAUUAUAUUUCGGAUAAAUCGAAUUUUCCUGCUGAACUUUCCUCUCGCGUCGAGAAUGUACAUUUGUCGGGUCUGCCUGGCGCAGGACCGCCCGCUUUACGUGCCACUGUUUUCCCUUCAAGGCGAACGAUCGGUGGCCAAAACGAUAAUGCUCUGCACCGGUCUUAAGCUGAAGCGGAACGACGGUCUAACGCAAUACGCCUGCGGUCAAUGUGUUGAUGAGUUCGUAAGAUUCUUCAAACUGAAGGAACUGUGUCUGGAAUCGGAUGCGUUUUUGAGGGCACACAUCCCGCCGAGUGAAGCUGGCGAAGAUUUCGAUGAGGCUUCAAAUGAUUUCGGUUCAGAUGUUGAUAUUUCGAGGGAUGGUCACAUUGAAACUCUGGACGAACCCUUACAAUCUACCAUUGUUAUCGAGGAAAUUAGGAUAACCGAAGCGGGUGGUGAACCCCGAGUUAUAACUGAAGAAUGGGUCGUAGAGGUGGACGAUGCGAAGCAUAAUCUCGAAGUGUUGGAAGAUCCUCCCAGCAACAACGAUAGAAUUGAAUCACCUGAGCUCAAAUCCAAACCCAAAGCAUCGUCCAGAAAGCGAAAAACUCGCCGGAAAAGUAAACCCGUGGUCUCCUCGGCAGAUCCUUCGAAGUACAUUUGCUGCAGUUGCCCUUCGGAAGCCUUCGAUAGCCAAGAGAAGCUGGACAUCCACCGGGCGGACCAGCACGAAAAGUAUCGCGUCAAGACUAGCACCAUCCGGCCGUUCGAGUGUGACGUCUGCUAUCAACGUUUCCUCACCGAGAAGCACCUCACCCAGCACAAGAAUCGACCUUACCGGAAGCGACGUUUUGUGUGCACUUCCUGUGGGGCCGCCUUCCUGGCCAGUAGCACCCUCAAGAAGCACGAAGAAACCUGCACCACCACGGUCUGCAAUUACGAGUGCAACGAGUGCGGCAAGCACUUCCUUCAGUCCGGUUCCCUGCGGAAUCACAUGAAGCUGCACACGUCGGAUAAAACCCAUUCCUGUCCGAUUUGUGGGAAAACUUUCAUGAAGCGAUUCGAAGUCCCAAUCCAUCUGGUCACGCACACGACGGAGCAACCGUUCGUGUGCGACAAGUGUCCGGCCAGGUUUAAGCGGAUGCAGGCCCUGCGGAACCACCAGCGCCAUCACAGCAAUCCCAAUCCGUACAAGUGCGACCAGUGUGAGGAGUGGUUCAACAGUUUUAGCGCCCGGAAGUUCCACCGGCAGAAGGUUCACGAGGGCAUUGAGCCCUUUCGGUGUGAGAAGUGUGGGGCGUCAUAUGGGCGGCAGAGCCGGUUGACGCAUCAUAUGCGGAAGGCGCAUCCUGAUGGGGCGGGGAAGUAAGCGGGGGGUUGGGUAAUUGUAAAUAGUUAAUACAUAA